CCGAGCGGGGGCCGCCCGCUGUGAGGGAGCGGGAGCGGGAGCUGGGGGCGCGGGGUAAGAUGCCCGCCUGAGAGAUCGGAGCCUUCGGAGCGGGCGGGCGUGAGGGCGCUCCCGUCCGAGGCAUUAACGACGGCCCCGCUGUCCCGUCGCGGACGGCGAUUUACCUGGGUGGCCACCUCCCUCCCUCCCUCUUUCCUUUCUUCCUUCCUUCCUUCCCGGAGCCGGUGGUUUCGGCGGAGAGGGAGUGCAGCCCGCCUGGCCCCUCCCCGGAGAAACUUUCCGCCGCCACCCGCGCCAGGGCGACCCUUGGGCAGCGUUGGUCGCAAACUUCUGGGAGAGAGAGGAUCCAGGCUUCGCGCAGGGCUGUGUGAGCGGACGAGUGCCGAGUGGAGAGCUGAAUGCUGCUGAAAGCUGAAGAAACUUUAAGUCUAGAUUCCUGACCAAAUGGAAAAGCUGCCAGAGCCAAUUUUUCCUUGCUGACCUGUUGACAUGCUUUAAUUGCAGAUUUCUCUGGGUACCAAAGCUCAGGACACAGUAUCAAUCUCACCAUGAUGCUUGAACAUCUGUAGCUCACUGGAGGAUUUUAAAAAGGAAUUCAGCAUGACCUAGUUGGUUUGACCUGUGGAAAUUUUAUAAUGUCCUCUGGAACAAGUAUCAGCAGAAAUAGGCAGGCUCCCAGCCUGCAGGGUGUUGACCCAGAAACAUGCAUGAUAGUGUUUAGAACACAUUGGGCACAGGUUCUGAAAAUCUUAGAGAAGCAUGAUCCUUUGAAAAAUACUCAGGCAAAAUAUGGGGCAAUCUCGCCUGAUGAGGCCAGCACUGUCCAGAAUUACGUGGAGCACAUGCUUUUCUUAUUAAUUGAGGAGCAAGCAAAGGAUGCCUCGAUGGGGCCUAUCCUGGAGUUUGUGGUCUCAGAAAACAUCAUGGAGAAGCUUUUCCUUUGGAGCCUACGGCGAGAGUUCACCGAUGAGACAAAAAUUGAGCAACUUAAAAUGUAUGAAAUGCUUGUAACCCAGUCUCAUCAGCCUUUGCUGCAUCACAAGCCCAUUUUGAAGCCUUUGAUGAUGUUGCUGAGCUCCUGCUCAGGAACAACCACUCCAACCGUGGAAACAGAGGUGGUUGUCCUCUUGAACCAGCUCUGCUCUAUAAUAGCCAAAGAUCCCUCCAUUUUAGAACUGUUUUUCCACACUAGUGAGGACCAAGGAGCUGCCAAUUUCCUCAUUUUUUCCCUGCUGAUCCCCUUCAUCCAUCGAGAAGGAACAGUAGGCCAACAGGCCCGGGAUGCACUGCUUUUUAUUAUGUCUCUGUCUGCAGAAAACAACCUUGUUGCAAACCACAUAGCAGAAAACACCUAUUUUUGCCCAGUGCUAGCAACAGGACUAAGUGGCCUCUAUUCAUCUUUGCCUACAAAGCUGGAUGAAAAAGGAGAAGAAUGGCACUGUCUGAUGAAAGAUGACUGGCUUUUGUCACCAGCCCUUGUACAAUUCAUGAAUUCCCUUGAAUUUUGCAAUGCUGUGAUACAGGUGGCACAUCCCUUGAUACGCAACCAGCUUGUGAAUUACAUUUACAAUGGAUUUUUGGUGCCGGUAAUGGCUCCUGCGCUCCAUAAGGUGACUGUGGAGGAAGUGAUGACUACGACUGCAUACCUGGAUCUCUUCUUGCGCAGCGUUUCGGAGCCAGCUCUCCUCAAGAUUUUCCUCCGCUUUAUUUUGCUGCACCGACAUGAGAAUGUUCAUAUCCUGGAUACACUUACCAGCAGAAUCAACACACCAUUCCGGCUCUGUGUGGUCUCCUUGGCGUUGUUCAGAACACUCAUUGGCUUGCAUUGUGAAGAUGUGAUGUUACAGCUGGUUUUAAGGUAUCUGAUCCCGUGCAACCACAUGAUGCUGAGCCAGCGGAGGGCUGUGAAAGAGAGAGACUGCUACUCUGUAUCUGCUGCAAAACUGCUGGCCCUGACACCUCUCUGCUGCUCCACUGGAAUCACUUUGACACUUGAAAGCCAAGGAAAAGACUAUAUUCUCUGGACAAAACCAGCACUAACUAAAGAUCCUGGUAGACACUCUUCUGAAUCUGCUUGCAUUGUGGAAUAUGGAAGGGCUGUGGACAUCAGCUACUUGCAGUACCUGGGGGAAGCUCAAGAAGCCAUCAUCCAGUGCAUGAAAGAUUGUAAGGUUUGGUCUGCCUUGUAUGAUGGAGUAAAUCCUGAUCCAGACACCUUUAUCGAGACGCUUGCAGAGGAGAACAGUACGGAUGUGGAGCACCCCAUGUUUCGGCUCCAGCAAAGGACCCCUAGCACGUGUAGCUCUGCUCGAGCAACUCCAUUCAGUGAGAAGAUGCAGCUGGAGCUAGAAUGGGAUGAUAGCUAUGACACAGGGAUUUCUCCUGGUUCUAAUGUGAGCUCGCCACAACCGUAUGAUGAUCUGGGAAGCACAGAAAUGCAGCCACCUGCAGAGCCACCAAAACACAUUCAGGAAAUGAAAAAAAAUGCCAUUAUGCUCGUCAAAGGCUCUUACAUAGAGGAGUCAGACUUUCAGGAUGAUAUUAUGGUUUACAGGUUAUGUGCCCAGAAGGAUACUCAAGAUGAUGACAGCUCCAAGGAGAAAGCUUUAAAUGUAGCCAGAGAACACAAGGUGCAGAGCCAGACCGUAGUCAAUGGGUCUCUUGCAAAGACCCAGCUGGAAAUGGACUUGGAUGAGCACAGUAAGAGAAAUUCAAGCUCAACUAAAGGUGUAAUGAGAGAACAAAUAAACCAGAAAAUGACUGAGAUUGAUCCACAGCCAGACUUAGAGUUAAAGAUUUCUUCUCAGGAGGCAGAUUGUAACUUAACUGUAAAACUGCUGAGCACAGAUGGUGAGGAUUUCAUUGCACAGUAUGACAGAAUUAUUAAGGAACUGGUUCCAAACAGUGCAAGCAUGGAGGAGCAGAAGUUGGAUGCUCCUGAUCCUGUCUCUCCAGCAGAAGAAGAGGAGGACUUUGAGAAUUUCUCAGCAGAUACCCCUUCUGCAGAAAGCAUAUCACCUCCCUUUGGACCAAAGGAGGAUGUCUCGCCCAAGCACUCUCCAAGGAGCCAGAGUGCUCCAUUUACAGGACCAUUCAUCAGCGUAGUGUUGUCAAAGCUGGAGAACAUGCUGGAGAAUUCCUUGCAUGUAAAUUUGCUGCUUAUUGGGAUUAUUACUCAGCUGGCAAGUUAUCCACAGCCGCUUCUUCGCUCCUUUCUGCUCAACACCAACAUGGUGUUUCAGCCCAGCGUGCGCUCACUCUAUCAGGUGCUGGCAUCUGUGAAAAAUAAGAUUGAACAUUUUGCUUCCAUUGAAAAAGACUUCCCAGGUCUUCUCCUGGAGGCCCAGCAGUACCUGCUUUUUCGUGUGGACAUGUCUGAUGCUGCAGAAGAAUUGCUCACCAAAGGUGAUGUCCAUCACAGCAGCAACCCAGGGAAAGGAAGGAAUCUUCCCGAAGCUUACUCAGCUGUACUGCAGCCUUUCCUGGGACAGAAAGGAAAGAAAGGCCUGGCUCAUCCCAGCCUUCCUGUGCACGUGAGGAACGCCGUACUUGCAGCUGCCCUUUUCCCAGAGUUCCUGAAGGAGCUGGCAGCUCUAGCCCAGGAACAUUCCAUUUUAUGUUAAAAAACACUGGGGGAUUUUGAAGAUUAUUAUUAGUCGGUUUUUAAAAUGUGUUUUGGAAAAGCUUUUGGAGUUUAAACAGAUUUUUAAUGCAAAGCUGCUUUCAAAAGAAGUUGUACUUCAAUAUUUCCUGAAAAUACUUGAUUUGGAGGGAAAAGAAGGAGGCAAAAUAUUAUUGCAGUUAGGCCUUAUAAUUUCCCUCUGUGCUACAUAACUUAUUUGAGAUUUCUGAUACUGUUCUUACUGCAGCUUCCUUCUUCAUCCCUUCCUCGUUACACAGCCACCCUUCUUCAGUGUCACUAAUUCUUGCUGAAUUUCUGCAAUAGACACUUGUUGGUUGGCUAAGAGACACAAACAUGUUAGCUUUUUCUGUUCCAGAAAUACUCUUCUGGAUAACUUGUUAGGAGACAAGUUUGCUUGAAAAGACAUUGCCCCAUGGGAAAUGUUCACAGUACAAAAAGACAUGCAAAAUGUGCACAAAACCCUGAAGGGGUUAUGUGAAGGGCUGUUUCUUGAUGUCAUUGUCCUCUUUGCCUCUUCCCUUGCUUCACCCUGAAGCCAGGUUUUUACCUAUCCACAUCCAAAACCCCCAUUUUAACUACUGGCUCAGGUUUUCUGAAUUCAAGUGAUCUUAUGUGUAGUAAACCCACGAGUAGCUGAAAGCAGGUGCUGGGCCCUACACAUACCAUGUUGCCUUAUGUCGCAGACAGAUCUGCAGCUAUCAGCUGUUGGGCUUUGAAGUCCAGUGAACUGUGUAAGUGGAUGUGGAUUGCAGACUGCCUGGAAUUUUCCUUGUGGUUCCUCAGCAUUCCUUGAUAACUCUUGCAUUGCUACCUAAGCCCACGAGCAUGCCUUAUUUAGUAAGAUUUGCACAAAGUACAAAACAAAAUGUUUCUAUGCAAGCUGUUGUUAGUGUCUAGUUUAUUUGUAUGCUUGUUUUAAUAAGCUAAAGAAAGAUACUCAGUAUCUUUCUAUAGUGUUAAAUGGACAGCAGGCUGUUUUUGUCUUUUUUGUCUUUUUUUAUUAAAUGAAAAAGGUUUGCUUGCUCAUGAAAGGUGUACUGUUUUAUUGUUAAUUUCUUUUGGUUAAGGGAAAGUUAAAUACUGUUUGUUUACUUCUAAUUUAGGU